GUGCCCGCGCCGGCCCCAGCGAGGGGCUCCUGGGCUCUGCGCUCCGCCGCCUCCAUGGAGCGCCGGCCGCGCCGCCUCUGAUGCCCGGCCCGGCGCGCACCAUGGGGCCGCUAUGGCUCUGCUGCCUCCCCCUCGCCCUCCUGCCCCUGCUCGCCGCCGUGGAAGAGACACUGAUGGACUCCACAACAGCAACAGCAGAGCUGGGCUGGACGGUGCAUCCUCCAUCAGGGUGGGAAGAGGUGAGUGGAUACGACGAGAACAUGAACACAAUUCGCACCUACCAGGUGUGCAACGUCUUCGAAUCCUCCCAGAACAACUGGCUCCGGACCAAGUACAUCCGGAGGCGAGGAGCACACCGCAUCCACGUGGAGAUGAAAUUCUCAGUCCGGGACUGCAGCAGCAUCCCAAAUGUCCCAGGCUCCUGUAAGGAGACUUUUAACCUCUACUAUUUUGAGUCGGACUUUGACUCAGCCACCAAGACCUUUCCUAACUGGAUGGAGAAUCCUUGGAUGAAGGUGGAUACAAUUGCCGCCGACGAGAGCUUCUCGCAGGUGGACCUGGGUGGACGGGUGAUGAAGAUCAACACUGAGGUGCGCAGUUUUGGGCCCGUCUCCAAGAACGGUUUCUACCUGGCCUUCCAGGACUACGGAGGCUGCAUGUCCUUGAUUGCCGUGCGUGUCUUCUACCGCAAGUGUCCCCGUGUGAUCCAGAACGGGGCCGUCUUCCAGGAAACCCUCUCAGGGGCAGAGAGCACCUCGCUGGUGGCGGCGCGGGGGACGUGCAUCGCCAACGCCGAGGAGGUGGACGUGCCCAUCAAGCUCUACUGCAACGGGGACGGCGAGUGGCUGGUGCCCAUCGGGCGCUGCAUGUGCCGGCCGGGAUACGAGUCAGUGGAGAACGGGACCGUCUGCAGAGGCUGCCCCUCAGGGACGUUCAAGGCCAGCCAAGGGGAUGAAGGAUGUGUCCACUGUCCCAUCAACAGCCGGACAACCUCAGAAGGGGCCACGAACUGUGUCUGCAGGAAUGGAUAUUACCGGGCAGACGCCGACCCCGUGGACAUGCCCUGCACCACCAUCCCAUCCGCCCCCCAGGCCGUCAUCUCCAGCGUGAACGAGACCUCCCUGAUGCUGGAGUGGACCCCCCCCCGGGACUCAGGAGGGCGGGAGGACCUGGUGUACAACAUCAUCUGCAAGAGCUGUGGCUCGGGCCGGGGGGCCUGCACGCGCUGCGGGGACAACGUGCAGUUCGCCCCCCGCCAGCUGGGGCUGACGGAGCCCCGGAUCUACAUCAGCGACCUGCUGGCCCACCAGUACACCUUCGAGAUCAGGCCUGUGAACGGAGUCACCGACCAGAGCCCCUUCUCCCCGCAGUUUGCGUCCGUGAACAUCACCACCAACCAGGCUGCUCCUUCUGCUGUGUCCAUCAUGCACCAGGUGAGCCGCACCGUUGACAGCAUCACCCUCUCCUGGUCCCAGCCUGACCAACCCAACGGAGUCAUCCUGGACUACGAGCUGCAGUAUUACGAGAAGGAUCUGAGCGAGUUGAACUCAACCACAGUGAAGAGCCCCACCAACACUGUAGCAGUGCAGAACCUCAAAGCUGGCACCAUCUACGUGUUCCAGGUGCGGGCACGGACUGUGGCCGGGUACGGCCGCUACAGUGGGAAGAUGUACUUCCAGACCAUGACUGAAGCUGAAUACCAGACCAGCGUCCAGGAGAAGCUGCCGCUCAUCAUCGGCUCCUCGGCGGCGGGGCUGGUGUUCCUCAUCGCCGUGGUCGUCAUCGGCAUCGUGUGCAACAGAAGAAGGGGCUUUGAGCGCGCGGACUCCGAGUACACCGACAAGCUGCAGCACUACACCAGUGGCCACAGUACGUACCGAGGGUCCCCGCCCGCCCUGGGGGGCCGCUCGCUCUUCGUGACUCCAGGGAUGAAGAUCUACAUCGAUCCGUUCACCUACGAAGAUCCCAACGAGGCUGUCAGGGAGUUUGCAAAAGAAAUCGAUAUCUCUUGUGUCAAAAUCGAGCAGGUGAUCGGGGCAGGGGAGUUUGGCGAGGUGUGCAGUGGGCAUCUCAAGCUUCCUGGCAAGAGGGAGAUCUUUGUGGCCAUCAAGACCCUCAAGUCUGGUUACACGGAGAAGCAGAGACGGGACUUCCUGAGCGAGGCCAGCAUCAUGGGCCAGUUUGACCACCCCAAUGUCAUCCACCUGGAGGGUGUGGUGACCAAGAGCUCUCCAGUCAUGAUCAUCACUGAGUUCAUGGAGAACGGCUCCCUGGACUCCUUCCUGCGGCAAAACGACGGGCAGUUCACGGUGAUCCAGCUGGUGGGGAUGCUGAGGGGCAUCGCCGCGGGCAUGAAGUACCUGGCAGACAUGAACUACGUGCACCGGGACCUGGCUGCCCGAAACAUCCUGGUCAACAGCAACCUGGUCUGCAAAGUGUCCGACUUUGGCCUCUCCCGCUUCCUGGAGGACGACACCUCUGAUCCGACCUACACCAGCGCCCUGGGUGGGAAGAUCCCCAUACGAUGGACAGCUCCUGAGGCAAUUCAGUACCGCAAAUUCACCUCAGCCAGCGACGUGUGGAGCUAUGGAAUUGUCAUGUGGGAGGUGAUGUCCUACGGAGAGCGGCCCUACUGGGACAUGACCAACCAAGAUGUGAUAAAUGCCAUCGAGCAGGACUAUCGGCUGCCACCGCCCAUGGAUUGCCCAAAUGCCCUUCACCAGCUAAUGCUGGACUGUUGGCAGAAGGAUCGAAACCACAGGCCCAAAUUUGGGCAAAUUGUCAACACCUUGGACAAAAUGAUCCGAAAUCCAAACAGCCUGAAAGCCAUGGCACCUCUCUCCUCUGGGAUGAACCUCCCCCUCCUGGACCGCACAAUCCCGGAUUAUUCCAGCUUCAACACUGUGGAUGAAUGGCUGGAUGCCAUCAAGAUGAGCCAGUACAAGGAGAGCUUUGCCAGUGCUGGCUUCACCACCUUUGAUGUAGUAUCUCAGAUGACUGUAGAGGACAUUCUGCGAGUUGGGGUCACUUUAGCAGGACACCAGAAGAAAAUUCUGAACAGUAUCCAGGUGAUGAGGGCACAGAUGAACCAAAUUCAGUCUGUGGAGGUUUGAUGGCUGCGUGUCCUCCUCCUCCUCCUCUUCCUCAAGGCCCUGCUCCCCUUCACCCCUGUGAUGUCCAAGCUCCAGUUCUUGAGUGUUCUGCAUGGACCAGAGACAGGCAGCUGCUCUGAGGAUUAGGGCAGCAGGAAGGAACACCCUGUCCUCAAAAAAAGGUCACCAAGAGCUUCUAGAAUUUAAGUAAUGGAAAAAGGGAACAAAAAAAAAAAAGACAAUUAUUUUGAAAAAAAAAACAAAAACAAAAACAAAACAACAAACUACGAAAUAUUUUUAAAUAAUAAUAAAGCAAUUGCAUUCUUGAAAAGGGCUCCAAGACCAAUGGGAGUCUCCAAAGGAAGAGAAAAGAGCAGCUUCAUGUUUCCCCUUGCACAAGGCUGCUGCAGCUGGGCCCAGGCACCUCUGGAGAGAUGAGACUUUUUCAGGAAGAGGAAUGCAAAGGAAGGCCACAGAAGCACAUCCUUUCCUCUCCCAUGGGCUGUGCUCUGGGAGUGUCGUGCAGCCCUCCCCCAAAAGCCCCUGUGAGCAAAUCAGAGGGGGAAGAGCUGAAGCUCUUUGGUGCUGUGGAACCAAGUGCGUCUCAGAAACUGGUGGACUUAACUUCAAAAGAUGAAGACUUUUUUUUUUUUUUU